AUGUUAGGCAAGUGGAUUGAUCAGAUUCAGCAAAAAAUUGAUACCGCUGUAGAUUUUCUCGUUGAGGAAGACGACGAAGAGGAAGAGGAAGUUGUUGAUACCGACAGAGUAAAUGACCAGGUUGUAGGAAAACACGGAUCAGGUGAUAGCACGCCUAGGGCUGCAUUCUCACAGCCAAAUUUAUCAACUUCCGUGUCGUCGUCUUUCCAAAUAUUAUCAUUAGUGGUCGAACCGAAGAGAAGAGGCGCAGAAGAAACUGACGCCACAGUCGCUUCUGGUGUAGAAAGACCUUCGGUACAUAGAAAGGUCCUUGACAAUAUUCAAGCGAGGGAGGUUUCUGCUUUUCAAAUAUGGAAUGUUGACCUAAAAAAUAGUCACCCUUCUUCAACUAUCGCUGCGCACAAUGCAACCCAGAUUGUAAUUAAUAAUCAAGAUCCGGUAUUAGAAUCAUUCGUUAAGGCGGUCAUCCCGAAUUCGUCUAGAGUUUCACAGCAUUUGGAAAAUGGUGGGACGAACUUGGCUUCCGAAGAAAUCGAUGAAAAUUCUGCACUUGUGAAAGCGAAUUCUCGUAGUACCGCAUCAGUUAAUGAGUCACCUCUAACAAAAUCUAUACUGUUGAAUGUUGGUACGGAAAUGGCUAUGGCUUCUGCUGAACAGAAUUCUGAGCCUGACAGUUUUUUACUUCAGUCACAAGAGAAGUCCCUUGAAUUUGUCAAGCAAAAUACCGUCUUUGUAGGGGGAGAAUAUACGACUCACGCGAAUAAAAACCAAUUUACACUGCUUGAUCAGUCAUCGUCUGAGGCGACUAAUUUAACUGUGUUUAGUAAGGAUAAUAGGAUAUUGAAAGGACUUGAGCAAGGACAGACAAAGAAUGAUAUGAGGAGAGAAGUAUUGACAUCUGUUUUCACAAACGACGAGAUGCCUGUGAUUGAAGAAUUUGGACAAUCAAAGAAGUCUAAUAUAAUAAACACCGAAGAUCGUAGGAUGUUGUUAGUCAGAAUUGGUGAAUUAGAAUUAAUUGUGAGGGAUUAUCAAGAAAAGGAAGACACGUGGCGCAAGGUCCAAAAUGAACAACAAGAGUCACUUAUUAGCUUUCAACAUCAAGAAUUGAAACUAGAGGAAGAGCUGAAGCAGCGGAAAGCAUGCAUUGUUGAGUUAUCUAAAAAACUCUCCAAUACACAGCAGUCAGAUACCUUUUUUGAGUCUAAGCUACAAACCAUGGAUACCAAACAUACCAAUACUGUAAAUGAUCUCAAUAGGCACUACUUGGAGGUGCAGAAUCGUUUAGAGAACGAAAUUAAAGAUCUUAGGGAGGCUAUGCAUAGAUCCAGAGUUGAACUUGAUGAACAAGCUUGUGAAUCAGAGCGUAAGAUUUGCAAAGCAAACCAGCGUGUACACUUCGCUACGAUGCAUCUAGCAGAAGCGGAACUUCGAUCCGCUAACUUUUUGUCUGAUUUAAAGGCUGAGCUGCAGGACACACAAAAGAGAAUCAUUAUUUUGUCGUCUGCGUUGGAUAAAGCUAGAAACGAGACUGUUGAUAUUCUUGAAAAAUAUGACAAUCUAAAACGUGAACAGACUGUGGAAAAAAAUAACCACCGUGAGCAUCAACUGAGACAAGCAGCAGCACUGUCUGAGGCAAACAAAGAAAUACAACUAUCAAAGAGACAGGUAGGUAUUUUUCAAGAGAAAUUACUCACCACUCAACGCGAAGUGGAAGAGUUGAAACGUCGAUGCAUAAUGCUGGAGGCCGUGAAUAUGCAAAAAACAGUUCCUGAGAAUAGUGAUGUUAAUAUAGAAAUGAUCAUAGAUCAAGAGCAUGACACUUUAUCGAAAACAGCUAACAGAUUUACUGAUGAAACUUUAUCACAGACUUCUUCUUCAAUGUUAGCGACAAAACAACGACAAAAUGAUUCGGUUUCACACUCAAGAGUGUUUUGCCCCUCUUCUCCCCUUGAGGCCAAUGUCUUGUUUUCCUUCAUGAAUAGGGAUGAUACUGCUGUGAAAUCAUGUGAUCGUCUGGAGAAGGAAAUUAUUCGACAGGCUGCUGAGAUUGGUCGCUUGAAGGGAAUUGAAAUGGAGGCUGCUGACUUGAGAAAAAAGCUUGCGGAGCUAAAGAAAAAAAAUGAUUUACUAUUACAAAUGUAUGGACAGCUUGAGGAAGAAUAUGACACUCAUAAGGAGUUGUUGUCAAAAUCAGCUGUCGGUGAGCACCUUUUUGAUCGUGUUGAUCUACCGUGA